CAGCAGCGCGCAAGCGUGCGGUUUUCCUCCACAGUUUUUCCAGCCAAAAGCUUUACAAACAAAAUAGUUCAACGGUGAAAAACUCAUUUACAAUUUGCAUUAAAAAUACCAAGAUAAAGAAAAGCAACGUGGGAGAAUAACAGAAAUUUAAACAACAAUUACAAAUUGAGCUGCCACUUUUGUGGAAUCGCGGGAAGAGCAACGUGCAACGUGCAACGUGCAACGCGCAACGUGCAACGUGCAACUUGACGCCUCAUUUGGCCGAACUUCCGCCGACGUCCGACACGACCCAAGGAAAAUGGCUAUCUGCGGCGCCGGCCCCACCUUAAUGAUACUGCUUCUUACUGUGAUCUUGACUCUCGGCCAAGCAGCGUAUACUUGGCAUCGUUUGCCCUCUCUGGAAACCUUUUCCACAUAUGAGGACAUGCAGCGUUACUUCGAUCAACGUAAUUUCCGCAGCAUGAGGCAAAUUGAUAACCCCACAGGGGACACAUAUUUGGCUGCCUUUAAUCAGUAUAACGAGCAGCAGGAGGAUAAGAGUCCGAGGCGGGUGACCCAAUCCCACUCCAGGAUAAAACGGGAGCAGCGUCAACUGCCCACCGCCCCGAGAAUGCUACGUUUCGAAUUGGCAGAUGCCGUGGAACCUAGCCCGGAACUUAAGCAAAUCCUAAGGCAAUAUCAUGCCAGGGCCUUGAAGGAAAAUCCCACUUCUGUGAGUCCGCACAGCACAACUCAAGCACCCUUACCAGUUGUAAGCAGCACCAAGGCCCCAAAGAUUAAAUCACGGAAACCACGUCGCCAGAAAAGAUCAGUCAUUGGCGCCCAGCAACCUGCGGACUUUAAGGUCCACAUGAUUCCCUUUCAAGAAACGGAUGCGAGGGAGCCCGAUGCCCUGACCGCUCAGCUGAUUAAGAAGGGCCGCUCCCUGGAUCUGCAAAGUCAGGCUACGAGAUCUGCUCCUGAUUUCCACCAGUUAAAGACCCAAGGGGCUAGAAAGCAGCCUUUCCAGGUGCGGAUUCGCAAGACGAAGCGCUCCAAGCGCUCAGCUCCGCAAAUGAUCAAGUUUGAGUUGGCGGAUGCCAAACCCUUGCCUCAAAGAGCCGGAAAACAGCUGUCAUCCGAAGCUGUGCCCACCCUGCUGACCAUGGAAGCCCAGCCGCGGAACAAGACCCAAUCUCCCCAGUUGACCACACCCAGUUCUCGGAUGGAGGACAAUGACAUACUGACGGGUGAGGCCACGGCGGAAACCAAGCGGAUGUAUGUUUACAAGGAGUCACCUUUGACCUCUGGACAUGUGAAGACCAAGAAAUCCCUCAGCGCCCUGCCCCACGAAGUUCAAAAGGUCAUCAGCCAGCUGAUGAAGGACGGAUUGGGUGGCAAGGCGUACGUGAAGUAUCUUCCCGCCCAGAAGACCGAUUACGAGCACUACAAGGCCAAGCCCGUAGCCUAUGGGGCCAAGCCUCUGGGCAACUAUGUGAAGUACAUCAACAAGCCAUUGGAGGCAUCAGUAGCUCCGGCUCCUGUCCAGGUGCACAUCCAACCAGUGCCGGUGGUAGAGCAACUGCGGUAUGUCUACAAGCCCGCCUAUGUGGCAGCUGCUCCCGCAAUAUCCCAGCCCAUUGUGGUCCAGGAGGCACCAGUGCCCACUGCGGCAGUGGAGGAAGUGCACCACACCUACACCGCCGAGCUGGCACCACCGCCCACCCAGACUCUGGAUGUGGUUGUGCCGCAUUUCAGACCCUCCAAGCCAGAUCCCCUGCUGGCCGAAGCCCCCGCCAUCUAUGGCAAGCCCCUGGAGUCCUACAACUACGCAAUCCAGCCGGAGGAGCCCUCUCCUCUGAUCAAGAUCGAGUACCAUGCCCAGCCGGAUGGCCUUAAGGAGCACUACAAGCAGCUGCCCGAGUUCCAGCAGCUGUCCACGCUCAUUGGCAAGUCGCCGGAUGACCAGAUCCACGGCCUCACCUAUCUCCUGGCCAAGGAGAUGCAGGCCAAGUUGCAGAGGCAGGGCAAACAGCUGGUGGAUCGGCCGCAGGACAGCACCGCACCGAUCCUGUUCCACCCGGCCCAGGUUCCAGCUCCUGUUGCACCCACUCUGAAAACCCUUUUGGACCAUGGAUCGCUGGGCAUCCAGCCGGGUCGCCUGAUCGGCAUGGCCAAGACCAAGCAGUAUGUGCCCAUCAUCGAGCCGGGUAACAACGAUGUCAAGGAGCUGCCGACGGUGGCCUCCAAGGUGCCCACACCCAGUUCCUACAUCGACUACACCCACGGACAUGGCCUGUCCAACGGAUACGAGGGCGUGGCCCAAGUGCAUGAGGAUCCGGUGACAACGGUGGAGCACGUGGUGCACCACCCCACGGUGGCCACUCACAUCCAGCACCUCAAUCCGCACCAGCAAAACCACCUCCCGCAGCAGCACCACCUCCAGCAGCAGCACGUCCACCACCACGGACUGGUGGCCACUGUCCUGCCGGCGGAACUGGACGCGGACAAGGGCGAGAAUGGCCUGCACUUUGCGCACAGCCAAGAGGAUAAGUCGCUGCAGCAGUACGCCUCAAAGUAUGCGUUCGGUUAUCGCAUACGUGAUUUCCAUACCGGCAACGAUUUUGGCCACAAGCAGAAUCGUGAUCUGCACGGAGUGACACGCGGCCAGUACCAUAUCCUCUUGCCGGACGGAAGGAUCCAGAAUGUAAUCUACCACGCCGACGAUACGGGCUUCCAUGCGGACGUCAGCUUCGAAAGCGGCGCGAAACAUUGAAUCUGGUCUAAACCAAGCGGCCUAAUGUGCAAUCUAGGUUAAGUUAGCCAUAAGAUAUUCUCCCUUAACAAAGAAUGUACCCAUGUCAGUUAAUUGAAGACUCUUUAUCAAUAAAACGAGCCUUUUUCAUUGACUCAUCGACAAGUUUUUAAAUUGGCUUAUUGUUUUCGCACGUUAUGCGAAAGAAUUAAGUAGCCAAAUUAAGCCAAGGAAAUAAAUUUCAAAAAUUACAGUCUCUAAUUUAAUAGAAACAAACAGAUCCGAAUAACUAAAGAUAAAAACAAUUUAAAUAACUCAAUCCAAUUAUAUUUAUACCAGGUUUAGGAACAAAAAAAGGUGCAAAAUUAGUUUAAAUCAAAAAUGUUUUUAAGCAUAAGUGCUAAAAAGAAAAAAGUAUUUCUUCUUCUAUUUUUUCUAAAAUAAACUAAAAAUGUAUGGCUCCAAUAUUGUAAUUUUUUAAUAGAAUGUAAUUUGUUGAAUUUUUUUAAGGUAGAGUUAUCUUAAAGCAAAAAUGCAAAGAUUCAAGUUUCGGGUAUUUCAGCAUAGACUAUUGCAUGCAAAGUAUGAUAACAAAAAACACCAUUUACAAUUUAAAUAUUCAAAAUUCCACACACAGAAUACACGCCUUAAAAUGGUCAUUCAUUGUUUUAUCGUUCAACUAAAUACCAAAUAAUGACAUUACGAUUGUUCUAUUCUUGUGCAAAUGCUGUCCUAGAUGUUAAGUGAUUUCCAUCUCAUUUAUAUUUACUUGAGCACUGCUCAAAUUAGUUUAAGCUCUGGAAAAAUGUAUUUUAAAUUAAGAAGCCAGUGCAAUAAUGCAGGCAAACAAUGCCAACCAAUGUGUUUAAUCGAUGUGCAAUAAAGUGAAAUCAAUAAAUUAAUGACAACA